AUGUCUUCGUCUGAGACUGUUUUCAAAGGCUACGGCAUCACAGAUGCCAACAGAUGGAGCGAUUUCAAGCUCGUGGACAUCAAGCCCAAGACAUGGGAAGAGGAAGACAUUGACGUCGCUGUCUCCUACUGUGGUGUAUGCGGCUCCGACAUUCACACCAUCACGGGUGGGUGGGGCAGCAUCCAAGAGCUACCUCUAGUCGUUGGGCAUGAGAUCGCCGGUACUGCGGUUCGCGUAGGCCCAAUUGCUGCUCAAAAGACAGGAAUCAAGGUUGGAGAUCGUGUUGGAAUUGGUGCUCGUUGCAACGCAUGCGGAGUGUGUGGCCCAUGCACCUCUGAUAACGAGAACUAUUGUGUCAAAGGACCAAUAGACACAUAUCACGGUCGACACCCCGACGGAACAAUGACUCAGGGCGGUUACAGUACUGCAGUUCGCGCAAACCACCAGUAUGUAUUCCCCAUUCCAGAUGGAAUAGCCUUGGAGGACGCAGCGAGUAUGAUGUGUGCCGGCUUAACCAUGUACUCUCCUCUAAUCCACAAUGGUGCGGGUCCUGGCAAAAAAGUCGGAAUUAUUGGAUUGGGGGGCUUGGGUCAUUAUGGUGUUCUCUUUGCAAAGGCUCUCGGAUGCGAAGUUUACGUCUUUUCGCAUAGCACACGCAAAGAACAGGACGCACUCAAAAUGGGCGCAGACCACUUUGUCGUAUCGGAAGACAAGGAAAACAUGGCGCGCCUCCGAGGCACCCUUGACCUGAUUAUUUCGACAGUCAACGUGGUUGACACCUUCCCGUUGGCCGAAUACUUGAGUUUGUUGGUCGUGCGCGGCACAUUUAUCAAUGUCGGAGCGCCCGAAACCAAGCUUCCUCAGUUGGCUGCAUUUGAUUUUACUCCCAACGCAUGCAGACUCGGGGGAUCAUGUGUUGGUUCAAAACGGGAGGCCAUCGAGAUGCUUGCAAGUUCACUUCCUUCUUCUCAUUGA